GAUCUACCUGGUUAACCUCACCUUCAUCUCUACCUCCAUUCUCCAUCCCCCCUUCUUUCUCUUCUUGACUCAAUCACAUUGUUUGAAGGGUCAUCUUUCAAAUUCACAAAGACAUCCAUAAUUUAUACGCUUCCCUACUCCAAUCAGGAAGAUGGUCAACGCUCACGGUGUGACGGGCGUGCUGGGAGAAGAUGGUAUUCACGUUGAUAUGCAGCACUUGAAGAGUGGAGAGGUCAACCUAGGAACAUCGAUUAUGGCAAUCAACUUCAAGGACGGCGUCAUUCUAGGAGCCGACAGUCGGACGACAACCGGAGCCUACAUCGCCAAUCGAGUCACCGAUAAGCUGACACAGGUUCAUGACACCAUCUGGUGCUGUCGAUCCGGGUCCGCCGCCGACACCCAGGCCGUGGCCGAUAUUGUCUCCUACCAUCUCAACAUGUACGCCAUCACGAACAACGAGGCGCCCAGCACUCAGGUGGCGGCGUCGCUCUUCCAGGAGCUGUGCUACGAGAACAAGGAUAUGUUGAGUGCCGGUAUCAUCAUCGCCGGAUACGACCCCCGACACGGUGGUCAAGUGUAUCAGAUCCCCCUCGGAGGAUCACUCCACAAGCAAGCAUACUCCAUUGGCGGGUCCGGUUCGACCUACAUCUACGGCUACUGCGAUAACCACUGGAAGGAGAACAUGACGGAGGAGGAAGGGAUCAACUUUGUCCGGGGCGCCUUGCAGGAGGCCAUCAAGUGGGAUGGUAGCUCGGGUGGUGUCAUCCGGUUGGUGGUGCUGACGGCCAAGGGUGCCGUGAGACAUCUUUACCUGCCCGACACGGGCUAUACGGCACCGGGCGUUACCAAUUGAUUUUAUGGCAUGAUCAGUUUCGAUUCCUUUAUGCUUUGGUGUUAGCCCCUUACUCUCUUCCUCUUCUACGAAUAUAUCAUGGACCGGAUGUCCAGUAUGACGGGGUGAUGGUCUUAGCGGACAUCCACGUAGAGGUAGAGGAAUGGUGACACCGGACGCACUGGAAAGUCAGUGAAGACAUACUAUAACGACCGAUUACCAUAAUGAUGAGAUUCAAAUAAAC